UUCGAAAAAUAAAAUGUAUAUUUGAUGAAAACCCGCGUUCUUUCGGUCGGGUGCGCGUUCGUUGUGCAGAAAAUUUUUAAUAAAAUAGUGUAAAAAUUGUUUAAACAAAUAAAAAUUUUAUAAAAAUCAAUACUUUAAAAGUUUUAGUCAUAGUUAAACCAAGAAAUAAGCUUGUGCGUGUGAAAUUUUGUGAAAAAUUCCAUAAAAUAUAAUAAUAAAAAAAAAAAAAAAAUAAAAUAAAAAGCAUUUUGUUAUUAUUGUAAAUACAGAAAAAAAAAAAAAAUACAAGGCAUGCCUGCUGCUUGCUUUUGACAUCAUAAAAUAUAAGAAAAUAUAAUAUUAGAAGUAACAUCUCAUCAUCUCAAUGAAAAUAUAAAGUAUUAAUCUUAUCCUAUAAUAUAAACAACAAAAAUAUAGAGAAGAAAAGCCUACUACUCAUCCUCUAAAGGAUUAAACUAAACCCAAACAUCUGUAACAAACAACAUAGAAAACACAGACAUUUUGGAUAAUACAACAAAAAAAAAAAAAAACAACAACCACUAUAUACAUUUUUAAUGUAUAACAUCCACAACAAUUACAAAACUACCUUUUUUAACAUUGACGUCUCCAGAGUGAAUGCUUCAGAAUUAUAUAUAUUUAAAAUUGUAAUAAUAUAAGUUAAAAACAAAAAAGAAACUCCCAAAAGACUUUAAACAAAAACAAUCUCCAAUAAAUUUGUAAUUUUACAUAAAAAAAAACAAAUAUAUAACAACAGCAAAUUUGGCCUAAAUAUUUUGCAAUUAAUUGUUUGUUAUACUACAAUUACAAAGUAAAACAACAAUAACAACAACAGCAACAAAAAUGUUUACAAUUCUAAGCUGACUUUAAAUACUAUUUGCUGUAAAUGUAUUGAUUAUUUUUGCCAUAAAAUGCGGCCUACAACAGCAACCGUCAAACAAUUACAGCAGCAGUAUAUGGCCACAAAUCAUCUUACUACUACAGAUAUGUACAGCAUUAUAUAUAAACUACUCUAUCAAAACUCCAGACUACAGAAAAGGAUUUGAAACUUAACACAAAACCAACCAAUCAAUCAACAAAUAAAGAGUUGUUGGCUUUUAUAACUACAACGCAAACAAUUAUUAUUAUUAUAAUUAAUUUUUUUUUGUUACAAAAACAAGAACUGCUAAAUGCUAAAUAGUGAGAGUGAUAAAAAACACUAAUAUUUCUCCCCUCAGAGACAGAGCACGACACGAGAGUGUGUUAUUAUAAAGAAGGGAGAAGUGAUCCAAAAGAAAAGAGAAAAGCUAAAAACCUUAAACGGAAAAAACUCUUACGAGAGUUUAAAGUUUAAUGUAAAAAACUUUUUCUCUUUCUUAAAAAGAAUUCUCCUUUCAAAGUUAAAAAAAAAAAACAAUAAAGACAUUUUGUAAAAGCCUUACAAAACUGCUACAACUCCCCACUUAUUUUCCAAAAAAAAAAAUAACUAAAAAAUAAACAAACUAUUAAAAAAAGUAGUGAACAGUUUAACUCUUAAACAAAACAUUGUUAAUAUCCUCCCCUACUUAAAGCCAGCAGCUCCUUGCUGUAAAAAAAUUAAAUAAAAUUAAGCACAAUUAACAUAUUUUGUAUAUAAACUUACAAAAAUAACAAUUUUAAAACAUACCUCAAGGUUGGUGUUUGUGUAUGAGUACAAAACUAACCUUAAAUCCAUAAGAAAAGCAAAAAAUUAAAGGAGUGUUAAGUUUGUAAGGGAGGAAACAGCAACAACAACAAUAAUACUGGAUUGUUUAAUUUAAAAAAAAAAACAAACUGCAAAAUGUCGCAAGAACCACCGCCACGUAAUGAACCCUAUGUGGAGCCAGUUAAUGGCAUUGUUCAGCCACCAACUGUACCACCACCCGAUCGACCGGGACGCAAUACAAAUCAAUUACAGUAUCUCAUUAAGACGGUUAUGAAAGCUGUCUGGAAGCAUCACUUUUCUUGGCCAUUCCAACAACCGGUCGAUGCCAAAAAACUCAACCUGCCCGACUAUCAUAAGAUCAUUAAGCAGCCCAUGGAUUUGGGUACGGUUAAGAAACGGCUGGAGAACAAUUAUUACUGGACGGCCAAAGAAGCUAUACAGGAUUUGAAUAUAAUGUUCUCAAAUUGUUAUGUUUACAAUAAGCCCGGCGAGGAUGUGGUGGUUAUGGCUCAAACUUUGGAAAAAGUGUUUUUGCAGAAACUGGAAGCCAUGCCCAAGGAGGAAAUCGAAUUGGAACCGGUGACGCCGAAGGGUGGUGGUAAAAAGAAACCGCGUUCGGGUCCCAAACCACCUGCCUCGGCCAAUGCAUCACUAUUAACUGCACCCACCACGCCUGCCAGUUCUGGCCGUGGUGGUGCUGGAGCUGUUGCAGCCAGUGCUGCACGACCCCUCUCCGCCAUGGGUGGCACUGUCUCGUCCUCCGGUGGUACACCCGCCUCCACACCCGGCAUACCACCGAUCGCCACCGUGGCACCACAAACUGUACCCGGCAGUACGAAUACCACAACAACGGCUCUAGCAACCGGAGCUCCCAGUACCUUACUACCUGGAGCCAGUAUACUACCACCGGGCGGUGUGGCUACUCAUGUGUCUUUAGUGGGCUCUGCUGCAGGUGCAGCAGCUGGUGUUGGCGCAGGCGCAGCCGGAGUCAAUUCAACGCUGCUCGAUGGCGGUGUUACAGCUGCGGGUGGUGGUGGUGCCAAUCCUGCUGCUUUGGCAACUGCUGCGGCUACCGUACCUGCGUAUCAUGUGAAUAGUACAGCGGCCGGAGUGGACGCCGUUAUACCUCCUCAGCAACCGGCUAAAAUGAAAAAGGGUGUGAAAAGAAAGGCUGACACUACGACACCAACUGCAAAUGCAUUUGAAUCACCGUAUGCACAAAUCGACUCAAAGAGUGCGAAAAUCGCAACGAGGCGUGAGUCCAAUCGACAGGUAGGCAAAAAGGACACCGGCUAUCCCAUGUCACCCAUGGGUGUGGGUGGAGUGCCUGGUGCUGCUGGUGGUGCCGGCGGUGUACCGGGCUCCGCCAAAUCCAAGGAAAAACUAUCAGAUGCCUUGAAAUCCUGCAAUGAAAUCCUUAAAGAACUCUUUUCCAAAAAACAUUCAGGCUAUGCUUGGCCCUUCUACAAGCCUGUCGAUGCCGAACUAUUGGGUUUGCAUGACUACCACGACAUCAUUAAAAAGCCCAUGGAUUUGGGUACCGUCAAACGGAAAAUGGACAAUCGCGAGUAUAAGAGUGCACCCGAGUUUGCCGCCGAUGUGCGAUUAAUAUUCACCAACUGCUAUAAAUACAACCCGCCAGAUCAUGAUGUCGUUGCUAUGGGCCGCAAACUACAGGAUGUCUUCGAAAUGCGUUACGCUAAUAUACCCGAUGAACCGGUGGCGAAUGCCCAUGCAGCAGCGGUGGCUGCGGCGGCAGCCCAUCACGGCUAUGGUAAGCAUGACGGUUCCGAUUCCUCCUCGGACGAGUCAUCGGACAGUGAAAACGAAUCGAAUUCGGAUGAAGAGCGCAAUGCGAAACUGAAGAUGCUGGAGACGAAAUUGCUCGAUUUGCAAGAGGAAAUGCGCAAACUAAUGGAAGAAGCCUCGAAUAAGAAGAAGGCCAAGAAGAAAAUGAAGGAAAAGAAAAAGGCUGCUGCCAGUGGUGGAGCAUUGGGAGCCGGUGGCAUAGUGCCGGCGGCAGCAGUUGGUUCAUUGGUACCUGGCGGCGCCGGCGUCGCCACAGGUGUUGCUAACACUAUGCACGGGCAUGAGAUUGCCUCGGCUAUAUCGAUGGGCCAGAUAAGUACGGGUGGUAAGGGUGCUACCAUGGGACCGGGUGGUUUAACAGCGGGUCCGGCUACAGCGGCCGCUGGUGGCAAAGGUGCUAAGAGUAAGGGUCAACGGGGACCAAAAGCAGCGAAUGCUAGCGGUGUGGGGCCAACAGCAACGACAGCGGCCACAAAACGUACCAAAGGCAGUGCAUCAGCUGCUGGAGGUGGUGGUGCUGGUUCGGGAGCUGGUGCCAGAGGUGCCAACAAAAAGAAACCCACCAGCCAGGCCAUGGUCUUCGAUUCGGAGGAGGAAGAUACGGCCAAACCCAUGUCAUACGAUGAAAAGAGACAAUUGUCUUUGGAUAUAAAUAAACUGCCGGGUGAUAAAUUAGGACGCGUUGUACACAUUAUACAAAAUCGAGAACCAUCGCUGCGCGACUCUAAUCCAGAUGAAAUUGAAAUUGAUUUCGAAACAUUGAAACCCUCAACAUUGCGUGAACUUGAAAGCUAUGUGGCCUCUUGUCUACGCAAAAAAACCCGUAAGCCUUACUAUAAAAAGCCAUCUGGUAAAUCAAAAGAUGAACAAAUGGCCGAAAAGAAACAGGAGCUAGAGAAACGUUUACAAGAUGUUACAGGCCAAUUAGGUACCAGCAAGAAGACAGCCAAAAAAGACGAAUCAUCGAAUAAAGUUGAAGCUGUUCAACCCGCAAAUCGCCCAUCAUCUAGUUCUAGUUCUAGCGAUUCAUCCUCGUCCAGUUCAAGCGAUAGUAGUUCUAGCGAUUCAAGUGACAGUGAAGCAGGCGAUGCUGAGGGUCCACCGAAAAAGAAAAAAACCCGCGACUCAAAUGGUAGCAAUGUAAAUAAUUUAAUAACAACGCCCACAAGUGUAACUGGUAGUGGUGGUAUGACCACAACAACUGCUUCAGCAGCGGGAGCAACAACAACAGCAGCAGCAACAGUUAAUACUGUACCAUCACUAAAUUUAACUGCUAAUGCUACGGUACAAGGAGCAGCCGCAGCAACAACAACUAUACCACCGACAUUAACCUCACAACAACAGCAGCAGCAACAGUUAGCAGCAGCAGGUGUAAAUAGUCAGUCAACAAGUGAUUUAUUAGGAACACUUGCUGGCAACAAUACAAAUACCAACAGCAACAGUAAUUUAACAAAUGAACCUCCUCUAACGGCAGCAACAGCAGCAAGAUCAUCAUCACAACAACAAUCAAGAAGCCAAUCAAGAUCAUUGCAACAAGUGACGGAAAUGUUAAGAGUUGUAACACCAACGUCUGCAGCUAAUAAUAGCAAUACUUUAGAUGCAGCAGCAGCUUUAAAUAACAAUAAUAACAACAAUCCAAACAAAACACCUUCAGCAACGCCUACUUCACAAACAACACCAACCACUGUUCCAAUUCCAGUAACCGCCAGUGCUGGUGGCACAACACUAACACCGUUCAGUAGUGCCACCGGUGUUGGUUCUGUGAUUGGUGGUGGUAUGGGUGUUGUUGGUGGAGCUAGUACUGGUGACAGCACUAAUGGACCAAGUGACUUGACAAUGCCACCAAAUUCUGCUGUCGGUGUGAAUGCAACCGCCGCUGCAACAGCCCUCACCACGGCCUUAAGUGGUGGAGGAGGUAUGGGCGGUGUUGGCAAUAAUAAUAGUGGUGGUGUUGCUGUCUCAACCGUGGCGAGUACCGCUGGUGGAGCCAGUGCUACGACCAGCACGAGCAGCAGCAGCAACAGCACAAAUAUUAGUAGUGUUGUUGGCGGCGGCGGCGGUGGUGGCAUACGCAUCGCUAGUAAUUUACACAAACUGCCUAACGAAGUGGCUGAUACGCCCGCCAGCAUUGGUGGAGCAGCAGCCACCUCGCAGGUAACGACCACAGCCUCCUUGGCUGCAGGACUUAAACAAAUUCCACAAUUUGAUGACCCUGUUGAACAGUCGCUUGCUUCAUUGGAACAGCCGUCUCUGUUGGCUCCGCCACCAACCAGUAAAAGCGCUGCUGAUAAUUUCCUAAUGGCUGCUGCUGGUAUUAAUGCUGCCCAUUUAAUGCAACAGCAAACCACACAACAACAACAACAGCAGCAGGUGUUUGAGAGCAGCCAGCAGGCUCAAGCCAGUCAUGCCAACAACCAGCAUCAUGUGGAAUUCAUGAAUGAAUUGUUGUCGAAAGGUGCCGCCGCUGCUGAGAAUGUGCCCGGCAUGAAUGGCAAUCACUUCCCCUUAAUGCAGUUCGGUUUGAUGGAGGGUCUCAACUCCAUGAUGCAGCAGCAAUUUCAACAGGCUGUGCAACAUCAGCAUGCGCACAACAAUGGCUACAAUAUGGCCGAUGUAGCCGCCUCCAAUGCCUUGGAUAGUUUGGGCUUGGGUCUGGGUCUACCGCAUGGCGCUGGAGCGGGUGGUUCUUCGAUAUUUGAUCAGCUGCCGGGACGCAAUGAUAAUCAUUUGCUGGCCAUGAUGAUGAGUAGCGGAGCAGCUGGUUUACCGGGCAAUUUAUCUUUAGGUGGGCCCCCAACUGGAGGCCCUUCAGUAGGCGGUAAGAAAGAUUCAAAUACGAAUAGUGUGCUGGGUCAUCUUGAUCCAGCGCUACAGUCUUGCAAUAAACUGCUUAUUACGCCCAAACCCAUAGAAUCCAUGAUGCCUAGUCCGCCCGACAAGAGACCGCAACAGUCACAACAACAACAGCAGCAACAGGCAUCGGGCGUGCCACCUCCCCAACAAUCGCCCUCCGAUUUGAAAAUACCCUCCACAGCCGGCAUGUCCGCCGGCGUUGGCGGCGGUAAUCAAGUCAAUUUUGCACAAGCAUUCAAAACCCAUGAACAAAAUGUUAAAAAUCCCAGUUCGUGGUCUAUACUCGCCUCGGCGGGUUCACCACAAAACACCCCCACUUCGAACAAAACCAAACCUGCCAUGGACUCAUUCCAGCAAUUCCGUAAUAAAGCCAAAGAGAAGGCCGAUCGCCAAAAGCAGCUGGAGGCCGCAGAAAAGGAGAAAGAACAAAAACGCCAAAAAGAAGCGGCCGAAAAGGAGCAGCAACGUAAACAACAUCACUCCAAAUCUUCGCAUAUGGUUGGGGUGGGUGGCGGUUCAAAUUCCAGCAGUAGUGGUGGUAAUGGCAAUGGCAGUACGGGUGUUAAUAGUUUAGCCUCACAGCUAAGUGCCACACAUCAUCAGUCUGUGUCGGCUGCUGCGGCGGGAGUACAACCACAUGCUCAUGGCGGGAGCAGCAGUACGGCUCAUUUGGCAGCCUCCAUAAUGGAUGUUAUGGAAAGUGGGAGAAAAAGUGUACAUGACAUUCAACCCUCCUUGUCGCGAGUGGAUGAUUUAAAGGCUUCACCCAAGGGCAGUGGUUCACCAGCUGGCGCUGCUCAACAUCACCACAAGAUCGUGCUUGCUGCUAAGCGCGCGGAAUUAAGACGCAUGGAACAAGAACGUAGAAGACGAGAGGCGAGAGCUGGUCACAUCGAUAUGAAUAUGCAACGUGAUUUAAUGGCAGCCUUUGAAGAAUCACUUUAAUAUAUGGCUAAAUAACUUUCAUUGUGAGAAAAAUUGUUGAAAUAUCUCUUGUCAUUUUUUAAACAUUAAAAAAAAAAACUAUAUAUAGUAUAUAACAUAAAAAUAUUAUAUUAUGAAACUUAAAAUUAAUUUAUAGAAAACACACACACAACUAAUAUAAUUAA